GUGCAUGUGAGAAGGGCGGACAGUGGGAGACAUCCCUCCAGUUGAUGUCAGAGAUGAUGAACGCCCGUCUUCCAGCAGAUGUGAUAACCUACAGCUCAGCCAUUUCGAGCUGCAACGGAGCCGGGGAGUGGCAACGUGCUCUUCAGCUAUUUGCAAAUAUGUCGCAGGAGAGGAUUGAGGCAAACAUUGUCAGCUUCAAUGCAGCUAUCAGUGCCUGCGAGAGGAGUCGUGGAUGGCAAUAUGCCGUAGCAUUGCUCUCAGACAUGCAGAAAGCUGGAAUCCGCCCCAAUAUCGUGAGCUUCACCGCAGCCAUCAGCGUAUGUGCGGCAAGCGUCGCUUGGACGGCUGCGGUGCAACUCCUGGUGGACAUGGGAAAGGCGGAAGUUCCAUCCAACGUGAUCACGUGCUCGUCUGCAAUGAAGGCCUGCGAAGAAG